GGUUAACCGUGACUCGGGUCGGAAAGAGUGACAGCUCGGCUUUCUGUCGUAUCUGACUUCUCAAUCGAAUUCGGAAUUGGUAUUGGAAUCGCGUCAUUGGAGUCACAGAUUUCGCGUUACGUUCUCUCGAGUGUCGGGGAUGUCCGUGGCCUCACGUCACGUAAAGGAUGUUACGUAAGCGUAGCACUGGCCCCGCACCCCCGAAAAAGAUCGCAACGCGCUCGACUGCAUUACGUUGCGCAUGAAAUGGCGGCACGCAGUUCACGCUACAUUUGCUCCGACCACAGCCACCGAUUCUAGUCCGUGUCCAGAACAAGGUAGUAAGCCCCCACAAAUUGCGCAUGAAAUGUUGGUGGAACACUUUAUGGCGCUGCUCGUGAUCAUGGGAUUAACCGCAACUGUCGACAAGAAGAGCCGGCCCAGCAGCCAAUAUUUCGGACAUAUGGCUGCCGCCGAAGAACUGUCCAACCUGAUUCCGGACAACUACGAUGGACUGGAACCGCAGUUUGACAAUUCCACAUCGAGGGAGAUAAUUGCCGCCCUCGGCACCACCGCCCGCCUGCACUGCCGGGUGCGGCAUCUGGGUGACCGGGCAGUGUCCUGGAUACGGCAGCGUGACCUCCACAUCCUUACCAUCGGCAUCAUGACCUAUACCAACGACCAGCGCUUCCUGGCGCGCCACAUCGACAACUCCGACGAGUGGGUGCUCAAGGUCGUCUCCGUGCAGCCGAGGGAUGCGGGGGUGUACGAGUGCCAGGUGUCCACGGAGCCCAAGAUCAGCCUGGCCUACAAGCUGGUCGUCGUAACCUCCAAAGCCCAGAUCCUGGCCAACCGCGAGCUGUUCAUCCAGAGCGGCAGUGACAUCAAUCUGACCUGCAUCGCCCCCCAGGCCCCGGGGCCCUAUACGCAUAUGGUCUGGCACAAGGAUACGGAGCUGGUCAGCGACUCGACGCGGGGCGGCAUACGGGUGGUAUCCGAGCAGCAGAUGAAGACCAGCAACCUGGUGAUAUCCAAAGUCCUUAACACGGACUCUGGCAACUACACCUGCUCCGCGGAGAACUCCAACUCUGACAGCGUCUUUGUGCAUAUCAUUAAGAGUGAGCAGCACGCGGCCAUGCAGCACGAACUGGGGGCGAGACUGGAGCUGCCCCCGCUUGCCCUGCUGCUCCUGGCGGCCCUUCUGUCCGCCCUCCUGGCUGCUCCAGCCGCGCCCCACGGCUCCCUGGUCCGACUGGCGGCGCUUUAAGCCGGAGCGGCAACUUAUGUUCGAUGUCUGGAGAGCAUGAGAGCCGGGCACCCGACCACGCCCCCAGCGCGGAUUGGGGCUGUGAUGGCUGUUGGGCUGGAUACCAGGAUAGCUGGAUAAGGAUGGAGGUUAACGACGUCGAUGUCGCGUUGUCUUGUAAAUAUGUAAAUCGAGUUUUUGUUUAUGUUUGUGUUUUGUGGCUCAGUCUCUAAGUAUUUUUUAUACGUAAUUAAGUAAAUAGGUCGAGAGUGCAUUUGUGUGCAGCCAGAUGUAUGGACGUGGUAUAUAGCGCACAUAAUAUAUAUGAUAUAUAUAAUAUAUGCAUCCGAUCGCAUACCUAGAGAUACCAAAGCGAGCAAUCGAGUCCGAAUCGAAUCGA